AUGGUGACCGUGAAAAGGGGACGAGGGCGGCCGAAAGCUACGGUGCCACCAUCACUUGAAACUCUCACCAGCUUGAAAACACCAGAACAUGAAUCAAGAAACACCAUUGUUGCUGGUCAGACUUCGGGGAACGCUUCAAGAACCAUCAUUGGAGAAGACAAAGCUAUGACAAAUACCUUGGUAAGGGAGAACAAGGAAACCCUAACAGAACCAACACAACCACAACCUGAAGAGCGUAAACCAUGGGUUGAUGUGAUAAAUGACAACCGGAACCCUGCAAGAGGAAUGGCUAUCGAGUACGUUGCGCCAAAGCUCAUCAACGGAGUGUUUGAAAUAGACACUGAACAAGAAGACAUCGAAACGGAAAUACAAUUUUGGGAUAAUGCUCUAAUCCUUUAUAUUGUGGGUGAUGACCUGAGUAUGAACACGGUGAAGAACUUUAUGUAA